AUGCCGUUGCUCCUUGGCACGUAUGGUGGUGACUUUACGAUAUCCACCCGUAAUACUUUUGUUAUGAACGCUGCAAACGCGCCCCCGCACGCCGCUACAGGCUUAGCGCCGAUGACGGCCGUAACAGGUCGAGAACCGACUAUACCCGGUUGGACGCUGCGUUACAACACGCACAGCCCCUCCGAGGCAGUAGGAUUGCUCGAAAUCCAGUCUGCAAUGAGACACCAAUUGGUUGCGACAGAGCCACCGCUAUACGCAGGUGAGCCGCUGCAGAUUGGAGACGUAGUGGUAACGAGCCAGUGGAGUAAAACCCCGGGAGCACCUGCACUCACAUCGGCGGAAAAAUACAGUCCUACUUGGUCACUACCCUACGUCGUAACUCAGGUCCGUAGCACGAUGGUACUCCUAAGACCUUACGCUUGCUUACUCAAGUAUAUUGAGAUUCAGACACCGCCGACUACUCAGAGCUCGCCGACUACUCAGAGCUCGCCGACUACUCGGAGCUCGCCGAUUACUCGGAGCUCACGGACUAUUCAUACCCUGCCCUCCUCGUCCCGGUCGACUAUUGCGGAGAUGGCGGCCUUUAUGGCUCGAGUGCUUGAAGAGUGCGUGGCGAGGGAGAGGAACGAGAGAUCAAUUCAUACGGGGAAGCUGAGUACUGCCAGAUUUAUUGCGUCAGACUUUCAGAAAGUAUUGUCUUGCGCAAAGAAGACAGCCCCGGGGAAGGGUUCCAAACGUAGAGCGGACCCAUUCAACUGGUGCAGGUGGCGAUGGUUGUAUCUGGUGGGACUGAUGAAUGAUUACUUGGAGCCAGAGUUGCUUCGCCAAAUAAUUUCAGAUAGUGAAAAGAUUGUGCCGCGGCCCAAACAUGUGUCACCAUUAUGGUACUUGGCCUGUCGAUUGCAGGGUUCUCUGAAAGGGCUUGACGUUGUUGCCGGUAUCACUGGUGGUGCCGGUAUCACUGGUGGCAUGGAAGCAUUACCGACAUGGUGGACAUUCAAAACUGUAGUUUACCGUGCUCAUUUUCCCGAAACGUUUGGUGAGUUGCCGUCAUCUGCGACGUCUGUGCGUUUGAUUGCCUUCUGUUCCAAAGCUGCACGCUGGAUCACAUCCGGGAUCGGCAACUUCCACUCGAACUACAGCACGUGGUCAACUACCUCAUAUGACGAUAUUGUUGAUGUCUUUCAAUCGGUGAUAGGAGCCCGGUUGUUCAGCGAAAUGAUCAAUAUAAUCAAACCCGAAAUCUCUAUCCUUGCACCUAAUGAGGGCCCAGAGCAAAUGCAGAGGUUACCAGAUACUUCCAUCAUGCAAAUCCUCCUAAAAUUCGCAAAAGUGAGUAGGAAGGACUGUUGGACAUUCUGUAGAACAUGGCAAUUUGAUGUGUCUCUGUCCCGCAGGAGAUCCAAUGAAAUCACCGAUGCGCACUGGUCUUCUGAGGACGACGAACUGCCGGAGGAAAUAAGUGUGUAA